GUCAGCUGAGCCUGCCAGCUGCGGAGCUCAAGGAUCUUUCUUCUCCUUCGCGUUAUCCUGUCCAGCCAAGUCGGAGGUGGGGGAAGCGGAAAGGAAGAAAGAAGGAAGGAAAGAAAGAAAGAAAGGGGGAAAAAAAGAGGUCUUCCCUCUCCCAAGCCCCCCAACCCAAAAUAGAGAGGCGCCACCAAGAGACGCCAUGGCACCCGCUGGCUUGAAAGCGGUGGUGGGAGAAAAGAUUAUGGCUGAUGUCAUAAAGAAAGUAAAAAAGAAGGGAGAAUGGAAGGUGCUGGUGGUGGAUCAGCUGAGUAUGCGUAUGCUGUCCUCCUGCUGCAAAAUGACAGAUAUUAUGACGGAAGGGAUAACAAUUGUAGAAGAUAUUAAUAAGCGCCGAGAGCCGUUGCCUAGCCUGGAGGCUGUGUAUCUCAUCACUCCAUCCGACAAGUCAGUGGAGUCUCUCAUUGCUGACUUCAAGGAACCCCCAAAUGCCAAAUAUCGAGCUGCGCAUGUCUUCUUCACGGACUCUUGUCCAGAUUCCUUAUUCAAUGAACUGGUCAAAUCCCGGGCAGCAAAAGUCAUCAAGACUCUGACAGAGAUCAACAUAGCUUUCCUGCCCUAUGAGUCCCAGGUUUACUCCCUGGAUUCAGGGGACUCCUUCCAGAGCUUUUACAGCCCUCAUAAGGCUCAAAUGAAGAAUCCAAUUCUGGAACGCUUGGCCGAACAGAUCGCAACCCUUUGUGCCACGCUGAAGGAAUACCCGGCUGUGCGAUACAGGGGGGAUUACAAGGACAAUGCUAUGCUGGCUCAGCUGAUCCAGGACAAAUUGGAUGCAUACAAAGCAGAUGACCCAACCAUGGGAGAGGGUCCAGACAAAGCUCGUUCCCAGCUCAUCAUUCUAGACCGUGGCUUUGACCCCAGCUCUCCAGUGUUGCAUGAGCUUACAUUCCAAGCCAUGAGCUACGAUUUGCUACCCAUUGAAAAUGAUGUCUACAAGUAUGACACAAGUGGAAUCGGGGAGGCCCGGGUCAAAGAAGUCCUACUGGAUGAAGAUGAUGACCUCUGGGUUACUUUGCGCCACAAACAUAUCGCCGAGGUGUCCCAAGAAGUCACCCGAUCCCUGAAGGACUUUUCUUCUAGCAAAAGGAUGAAUACUGGUGACAAGACCACCCUAAGGGACCUUUCCCAGAUGCUGAAAAAGAUGCCCCAAUAUCAGAAAGAACUCAGCAAGUAUUCCACUCAUCUCCACCUGGCUGAAGACUGCAUGAAGCACUACCAAGGUACCGUGGACAAACUCUGCAGAGUUGAGCAGGAUCUGGCCAUGGGCACUGAUGCAGAAGGGGAGAAGAUCAAAGAUCCCAUGCGUGCAAUUGUCCCAAUCCUGCUUGAUGCCAACGUCAGCACCUAUGACAAGAUCCGGAUCAUCUUACUCUACAUCUUUCUCAAGAACGGGAUCACCGAGGAAAACCUGAAUAAAUUGAUCCAGCACGCUCAGAUCCCUCCCGAGGACAGUGAGAUCAUCACCAAUAUGGCACAUCUUGGGGUACCCAUCAUCACGGAUUCCACCUUACGUCGUAGAAGCAAGCCGGAACGGAAGGAACGUAUCAGUGAACAGACUUACCAACUCUCCCGAUGGACUCCAGUAGUCAAAGACAUUAUGGAGGACGCUUUGGAGGAUAAACUGGACACCAAACAUUACCCGUACAUCUCCACUCGCUCAGCUGCUUCCUUCAGCAGUACAGGUGCUGUCAGAUUGUCUUCUUCUUUUUCUUUCCUUCCUCCAGGUUCCACACAUGUCCUCACCCCACAGAAAUUGCUGGAUACGCUGAAGAAACUGACCAAAACGGAUGAAGAAAGCAGCAGUUAAACUCUUAGCGUCUUCAUUCUUUCCCUCUCUCCCUCCUCCUCUCUCCCCCACCUCUCUCGUCGACCUGCUCCCCGAACAUCAACCAAAUCGUUGAAAAUCUGGCAUUGCGGUUGACUUCCGGGCCUCCUUUCCACUCUGCCUCUUCUUGUAUUUUAAUGCAAAACCUUGAAGUUUCUCACGAUACCUUGCUCGUAUGAAGUCAAGCUAAAUAGGAAACAAUAAUAACAUAUGCAUUUUGUCUAAAGGUUGAGCGGAGGAAGAUAAAGAAUAAUAUAUUCUAUACUAUAGAUAUUAUCUCUGUAUGUACCCAAGAAAAUAAAACUGUCAGAUUCAACUGCCCAUAUUGGAAGGUCCCAUCGCUUCAUCAUUGGAGAUAAGACAACGGUGAUUAUGUUUUCAAUACCGUCUUUUGGUUCCCCCCCCCCUUUUUUCUGUUCCCCCCCCUGCUCGGAUGGAUGAAUGCUUGUGAUUUAUUUAUGGCUCUGUGAUCCUGUACUAAACCCCCGGAUGCAAACUGUGAAUAUUGUCUCCUAGGCGUUGCAAGUCGCUUGCAUUUUUGAAAAUAACCGUUAUAACUUUCCUCCUUUUCCCUUCUCACAUCGCUGUCGUCGGGGUUGUCAUCUUGAUUACGUAUUUCUUCUACUUGGUUUUGUUCCGAUUAUUUUUGUUUUAGUUCCUUGAUAUGCAGCCAGGCUGGCUUUUGAGAAAUAAACGAUAUAUCUAUAUCUAUAUAUGCAUAUAUUUUCUGGAUGUUACUCGGUUGUUCUCCUUCCUCCUCUUCU